CGAAAUUAAAUGCAACUGACUUGAUUAGUUACUUUCAAACCAUUAGAGACUAAACAUCUUGAAAAAUGUUACCCCAGACAAAGGACGGCAUAACUAUCCGCAUCAUGAACAAGAUGGACUAUCCAAAGGUGAAACUCUUCAUGAGGGACAACUUCUACUACGACGAGCCCAUGGGAAUGGGCGUACAUGAGCCGCUGCACCUUCAAAACGAAGCGGAAGAGGACGGGAAUCACUUGCAUAUGAUCGGCCAAGAGCUUUGUCUGGUAGCCACUGAUGAUACAAAUAAAGGACGCAUCGUGGGAAUCGUUCUGGCAGAGCGUCAAGUACCUGGUAACAUGGAAGACCAUCGCAUUUACGCGGAGAGCUCAGAGCAUCAUCUCUGGGGUCAAAAUUUGCGAUUUCUAUCAAAGGUCGAGAGGGAUGCUAACCUUUUUAAGCGAUUUGGCGUAUCUGAACUGCUUUACUCUUACAUAACCGCUGUAGAUGCCAAAGUGAGGGGGAAAGGCUUAGGCUCCCGCCUAGCUGCUAGUCUUAUGGAUCUCGGCCGCUCCCAAGGACUUCCCCUAAUGGCCGCCUACUGCACCAGCUAUUACUCUGCCCGCCAAAAAGCAGCCUUGGGAAUGGUAUGUGUGCAUUCAUAUCCCUUUGUGGAUUUUAAGGACAAACAGGGACAUGUUGUGUUUAACCCACCUCCGCCACACACUCAUGUCCAGGUUAUGGUGAUAAGACUUUGAAAAAAUGUUAAAAAUGUUAAAAUUAAAAAAAUUGUUCAUGUUCCAAGUUUAAACUUU